GGAGACCGGGGAGAGUCCGGCCGCACGCGCGGGACACGAGCGUCCCACGCUCCCCGGCGCGUACGGCCUGCCACCACUAGGCCUCCUGUCCCCGGGCUCCAGAGGACCUAGGACGCGUGCCCUGGGGAGUUGCCCGGCGGCGCCAGAAGCCCCCUUGGCGCGCCACCGUUUUCCCCAUCGCCUCCGGUUCCUCUGCCUGCACCUUCCUGCGGCGCGCCGGGACCGGUAGCGGGCGGGUGGAUGCAGGCGCGAUGGACGGCGGCGCACUGCCCAGGUCCGCGCCCCCUGCGCCCCGCGUCCCUGUCGGCUGCGCUGCCCGGCGGAGACCCCCGUCCCCCGAACUGUUGCGCUGCAGCCGGCGGCGGCGACCGGCCACCGCAGAGACCGGAGGCAGCGCAGCGGCCGUAGCGCGGCGCAAUGAGCGCGAGCGCAAUCGCGUGAAGCUGGUGAACUUGGGCUUCCAGGCGCUGCGGCAGCACGUGCCGCAGGGCGGCGCCAGCAAGAAGCUGAGCAAGGUGGAGACGCUGCGCUCGGCCGUGGAGUACAUCCGCGCGCUGCAGCGCCUGCUGGCCGAGCACGACGCCGUGCGCAACGCGCUGGCGGGAGGGCUGAGGCCGCAGGCCGUGCGGCCGUCUGCGCCCCGCGGGCCGCCUGGGACCACCCCGGUCGCCGCCUCGCCCUCCCGCGCUUCUUCGUCCCCGGGCCGCGGGGGCAGCUCGGAGCCCGGCUCCCCGCGUUCCGCCUACUCGUCGGACGAUAGCGGCUGCGAAGGCGCGCUGAGUCCUGCGGAGCGCGAGCUACUCGACUUCUCCAGCUGGUUAGGGGGCUACUGAGCGUCCUCGACCUAUGAGCCUCAGCCCCGGAAGCCGAGCGAGCGGCCGGCGCGCUCAUCGCCGGGGAGCCCGCCAGGUGGACCGGCCCGCGCUCCGCCCCCCAGCGAGCCGGGCACCCCCCCCCCCGCACCGCUGACGCCGCCUCGUCCGUCCGGCCCAGCCUGACCAAUGCCCCGGUGGAAACGGGCUUGGAGCUGGCCCCAUGAGGGCUGGCGGCUUCCUCCGACGCCGUCCCUCCCCACAGCUUCUCGACUGCAGUGGGGCGGGGGCCACCAACACUUGGAGAUUUUUCAGGAGGGGAGAGGAUUUUCUAAGGGCACAGAGAAUCCAUUUUGUACACAUUAACUUGAGCUGCUGGAGGGACACUGCUGGCAAACGGAGACCUAUUUUUGUACAAAGAACCCUUGACCUGGGGCAUAAUAAAGAUGACCUGGACCCC